UGGCCGCUGGUGGCCGGCCUGGGCAGGCUGGGGCAGCGGCCGAGACCCGAGCGGGGUGACCCCGAGGACGGCUCCGGGCCCGGCUGGACGGGGUCCGCGCACGGGCGCGUCCCCCUUCUUGGCCCGGCCCGCGCGCGUCCCCUCGGGUCCGGCUUCGUGUCCACUUUCUCGCGGGUCCAUGUCGGGCCGCGGCGCGCUCCCGCCCGGGCCGGGCUCGGGGGCCUCCAGGGCCGGGUGCGGGCCCGCGGGAGGGGGCGCGGCCAGCCCCGGGCACGUGUCGGCUCCGGCCCCGGACCACGCUCGGGCCGGCCGGGCCCCGCCCGGUGCCCCCGCCAGGUGUCCCUGCCCCUCCAGCCCUCCCCGAACCCGAGCCCGAGCCGGAGCCGGAGCCCGAGCCCGAGCCGGAUCCCGAGCCCGAGCCCGAGCCCGCGGCCCCCGCGCCGCCGCCCCGCCUGCCCCGCCGGCCCCGAGCUCGCCCUGCGCUUGACGCAGUGAGCGCCGCAGCUCGGGCCGGCUCGGCUGGCUCCGGGCGCCGGCGGCGGCUCCGGGGGGCGGGCGGCGGGGGAGGGGCGGGCUAGGGCCGGCGAGCCCCGGGGAGCAGGAGGAGAGGAGGAGGAGGAGGAGGAGGAGGAGGAAGGCGCGAGCCACGCCGCGCCGCCGCGCUUGUGGACCCGGCGCGCGCUCCGCCACGCCCGCAGCCCAGCAGGACCGACUGAGCCGCGGGAGGCUGCCAGGGCCCACGCGGACGGAGACCAGCGCGGCGGACGCAGCCGGCCGUGAGCCAUGCGGCCGGGGACGGGACGCGGCUGAGUCUGUGGAGCUGGUGCCGCAGGGCGUCCUGAUGGCCGGGUCCUGGCGGGGCGCGCUGUGGGCCUGCGUGGCGGCAGCGCUGCUGCACGCGGCCGGGCUGGCCCGCGCCGACUGCUGGCUCAUCGAGGGCGACAAGGGCUUCGUGUGGCUGGCCAUCUGCAGCCAGAACCAGCCGCCCUACGAGGCCAUCCCGCAGCAGAUCAACAGCACCAUCGUGGACCUGCGGCUGAACGAGAACCGCAUCCGCAGCGUGCAGUACGCCGCGCUGAGCCGCUUCGGCAACCUCACAUACCUCAACCUCACCAAGAACGAGAUCGGCUACAUCGAGGACGGCGCCUUCUCGGGCCAGUUCAACCUGCAGGUGCUGCAGCUCGGCUACAACCGGCUGCGCAACCUGACGGAGGGCGCGCUGCGGGGGCUGGGCAAGCUGGAGUACCUGUACCUGCAGGCCAACCUCAUCGAGGUGGUCACGCCCGGCGCCUUCUGGGAGUGCCCGAGCAUCGUCAACGUGGACCUGUCCAUGAACCGCAUCCAGCGGCUGCACAGCGCCACGUUCGCCGGGCUGGCGCGCCUGUCGGUGUGUGAGCUCUACAGCAACCCCUUCUACUGCUCCUGCGAGCUGCUGGGCUUCCUGCGCUGGCUGGCGGCCUUCACCAACGCCACGCACGCCUACGACCGCAUGCAGUGCGAGUCCCCGCCGCUCUACGCCGGCUACUUCCUGGUGGGCCGGGGCCGCCACGGCCAGCGCAGCAUCCUGCCCAAGCUGCAGUCAGUCUGCACGGAUGGGGCCUUCGCAGCCGCUCCGGACCUGGCCCGGCCGCCCCCCGGCCGCUCGCCGCCCCCGCCCCCGCCGCCGCCAGAGCCCAGCGAGGGCCCGUGUGGGGACGAGGACUGCUUCUCGGGCGACGGCACCACCCCGCUGGUGGCCCUGCCCACGCUGGCCCCCCAGGCCGAGGCGCGGCCCCUCAUCAAGGUGAAGCACCUGGGCCUGAACUCGGCCACGCUGACCGUGCAGCUGCCCAGCCCCUUCACCCGCAUGUACACGCUGGAGCACCUCAACCACAGCCGCUCGUCGACUGUGUCCCGGCUGACGCGCGAGCAGGAGGACAUCCGGCUGACCGACCUGCACGCGCUCACCAACUACACCUACUGCGUGGUGUCCACCAGUGCGGGCCUGCGCCACAACCACACCUGCCUCACGCUCCACCUGGCCAAGCCGCCUGGGCCGCCGGCGCCCGUGCCCAGCCCGUCCACGGCCACCCACUACAUCAUGACCGUCCUGGGCUGCCUCUUUGGGAUGGUGCUGGUGCUGGGCGCCGUGUACCACUGCCUGCGGCGGCGCCGGCGCCAGGAGGAGAAGCACGCGGCGGCCGCAGCGGCCGGCAGCCUCCAGAAGACGCUCAUCGAGCUCCGGUACGGGCCUGAGCUGGAGGCGCCGGGCCCGCUGCUGGGCCCUGAGGCCGUGACCCGUGUCCCGUACCUGCCGGCGGCCCCCGGCGACGUGGAGCCCUACAAGCUGGCCGAGGGCGGCGGGACCCCCCAGGCCGGCAAGGGCGACUACAUGGAGGUGCGGGCCGGGGAGCAGCGGGACUGUGAGCUGGGCCGGCCGCGCCCCGACGCCCAGGGCUCGGUGGCCGAGAUCUCCACCAUCGCCAAGGAGGUGGACAAGGUCAACCAGAUCAUCAACAACUGCAUCGACGCGCUCAAGGCCGAGUCCGGCUCCUUCCAGGGUGGCAAGGGGGGGGCAGCGGCCGAGCCCCUGGUGCUGCUGACUGAGCCGCUGACCGCCAAGCGCGGCUUCCUGGCACCUGGCUACAAGGACGCCUUCGGCCACGGGCUGCCCCGGCACCACAGCAUGGAGGCGGCCGGCCCGCCACGUGCUGCCACCCCGGCUGGGGGCUCCGUGCGCAGCCCCCGGGCCUUCCGUACUGGGCCUGCGGCCCCCGAGGCCAAGUACAUCGAGAAGAGCUCGCCUGCUGCUGACCCCAUCCUCACUGUGACGUCUGCCGCUGCGGUGCUGCGCGCCGAGGCCGACAAGAGCCGCCAGUGUGCCGAGCACCGGCACUCGUACCCAGGCCCCCGCCCCAUCGGGUCGCCCGCGCCCCCUCCCCACGAUGGCUUGGGAGGCGGCCGCAAGGCGUCCAUCCUGGAGCCCCUGACGCGGCCCCGGCCCCGAGAUCUGGCCUACUCACAGCUGUCCCCGCAGUACCAGCACCUGAGCUACUCCUCCAGCCCCGAGUACCCCUGCCGGGCCCCCCAGAGCAUCUGGGAGCGCCUCAGACUGAGCCGCCGGCGGCACAAGGACGAGGAUGAAGGCGUGGCGGCCGGCCAUGCCCUGCGCAAGAAGGUGCAGUUCGCCAGGGACGAGGACCUGCAUGACAUCCUGGACUAUUGGAAAGGGGUCUCGGCCCAGCACAAGGCCUGAGGCAAUGGCCCGCACAAACACGGCACAUGUGCGGGCACACGGACUCGGGGAGGGGGCGCCGAUGAGGACACAGCCGGGCCCUCGACUUGGGUGCCUGGAACACUGUUGCACACAUGCGUACACAUAUACACGCACACAAGCCUGUGUGUACACACAGACACCGUGCACACACACAUGCAGACAGGCAUGUGUCCACACAUGCAGACAGGUGUGUGCCCACAUAUGUGCACACAGACACACAUGUGUACACACAGACAAAUGUGUGCACAAACAUGCACACAGGCAUUUGUGUCCACACACGUGCCCACACAUAUGCACACAGACAUGUGUGUCCACACAUGCAGACAUAUACAUGCCCACACACAUGCACACAGGCAUGUGUGUACACACAUGCAGACACACAUGCGCACAUAUACACAGCCUGUGUACACAUGCAGACACACUUGUGUGCACAAACGUGUAUGUACUCACAUGUGCACACACAGAUGUGUAUACACACAGGCAUGUGUGUACUUACCCACACAUGUGCACAGGCAUGUGUGUAUACACAGAAUCAUGUGCACACAUGCGUGUGUGUACACACAGACAUGCGUGCGUGCACAACACAUGCACAAAGAUAUGUGUGCACAUGC